CGGGAUGCCAAUGUUCCGACCAAACUGCUAAUCAGCUUCGGUACCUUCCACUUUUCUGUCACUGAACCCGCCCCACACACACCUUUCAUUAUCAACACUCAAUUAACCCCAAAUCCUCAUCUUCAAUCGAUUCUUGGAGCUAAAUAUACCCCCAGACCCAGUAAUUGAGUUUGCUUUUGCAUUCAAUUUUCAUGCUAAGAUCUAUUCAUAUUCAUAUGGUGAGGUAUUUUGGAAUCUAGGGCUGGAAUUUGGGCCCUUUUGAUCUGGUGAAAAGAAGGGCCCCAGUCCCAGAGAGACAUGAAGGAUAUGUUUGGAAGCCCUGGAAGUGUGAGUGGUUUGAUGUUACGAAUUGGCCAAUGUUUAUGUGCUGCUGCUUCGAUUGGGUGGAUGGUUUCGGCUUCCGGCUUUUCUAACUAUACUGCAUUCUGCUAUUUAAUUGCAUCAAUGGGGCUUCAAGUGUUGUGGAGUUUUGGCUUAGCAUGUCUUGAUUUUUACGCUCUUAGAAUCAAGAAAGACCUUCAAAAUGCUGUCCUAGUCAGCUUGUUUGUCGUGGGCGAUUGGGUGACAGCUACUUUGUCUCUAGCUGCUUCUUGUUCAUCAGCAGGGAUUGUGGUGCUAUAUGCAAGAGACUUACAUUUCUGCACAAACACUAAAAUGCAUCUUCCAUGUACCAGAUUUGAGAUCUCAAUUGCCAUGGCGUUCAUCACCUGGUUCUUUAUUGCCAUAUCUUCUCAUGUUAUGUUUUGGUUAUUAGCCUCGGCUUAACCAACUGUAAACUAUUGCUCAUUAUUCAUUCACCUGUUUGCUGUAAAAGAUUCAUGUUUAGAAUGUGUGUGUCUGUGUGUGUGUGUGUAU